CAUGCACUGCUCGCAGUACUAUACGACGCUGUUUCAGCUGCAUAUCCUGCAUUGCAACUUGCAGUGCCAUUCAGCGCCGCUCGCCUGUCUGAUUUUCAGGGCUGAACUAACGCCGUGUGUCCGCGACACCCGUGGCAACUUUUGUCAGCUCCUUGCUGAGCCCAGGCCUCGCGUCGAAACCACACACAAACUCCAGGUGGUUGCACACGUUGUAACUCUGUCGUGGCGACGCAAAAGGGCCGAUCUUCGGUCGCAUAUCGAUCGGCACACAUCCAGCCAGAGCUCAGCGCCACACUAUCCAGCGUCCGCACGAACUGACGCAGUCGGUAUUUCCAGCCAACCACCUCACGUCACUCUCCGGAGGCGACGUACACAGAGCUCUGCUUGCAGGUAUAUCCGCCAGCUCUGCACGUUGUAGCAUCCCCUGCGCCCGUCCACACUAGGAAGCGACCGACAGAACAAGACGAUAAAACGCACCGGACCAUUUAACGUAGCGUAGCGCAGGACAACUACAGGCGACCAUGAACAUGUUCCAGAGCGGAGUGCAGGUGUUCAUCCCGGCGGCACUUAACCGGCCCACACACACGCUAUACAGCAUCUGUAUGCUGGUGCAGCCCACUAAUCAGGAAUGGACCGUCAACCGCCGCUACUCGCAGUUCCUACAGCUGCGCAAGGACAUCCAACACAGGCUCGCCACGCGCGGCGUAUCGUGUGCUAACUGCGCCAGCUUUAACCGCGCCAUCAGCAAGUUCCGCUUCCCGGGUAAGUCGCUACUCCGCACCAACGCGGUAGUGCGCCACCGCGUCUCAACCCUACAGGAAUUCCUCAAGCUGCUCGUGGGGCGUGUAUACAACGACCUCCCCAAGUGUGGUAUCUGUGGCGAGGAGAUUAAGGACAUGAUGCGACCAUUUCUUAUUCGAGGAGCUCAGCCCAUGAACGGCUCCAUCAUCUCGAAGAUCAACAAGUCGCUUUCACUUGCAUCGUACGCCGUAGUGGACCAGCCGAUAAUGCCCGUGCCCGAACCGGCCCCGCCCAUUUCGCCCUCACUGAUGGGCAGGGAAUUAUUCAGUGCCAGCAAGUCGUCCAGCAAACCCAUUUUCACACACAGUCAGGUUUCAGGCAGUAAAUCCAUCUUCUCGCGUAGCAAGGCGAUGAUGAGUACGACGUCGGACGACGCGUCCACACAGCCGAACGAGUCGGAGGACCCCAUUAUGGACUACUCGGAUAGCGAUGAGGACGGCUACGGCAAGAAGUACGACGAUCAACGUUGCUACGAUGAGGGUGUCCCUCUCGAGGAGGCUAUGAAGCAGGUGGUGGUACCGAAGGGUGCUCGCCUUACAUGCGAAGAAGUGGUUGUCCGGCUAACAUCGAUGUGGGCUGCUUACGAUCUGGAUGAGGCACUCUCAUCCUUACCGCCUGAGCGCCUUUCACAGCAGGCCAACUUCUCUGUCGACGAGAAAGAAUACGCGUUUUAGGUGUGUUUGGAUAGUGCAAUUUUGCUUUUCCACCUCAAAGGUAACUGCUAGUCGGCCAAACAGAGCCGCAUCGCUCCGUGGGCAGAGCAUUGUGCAAAACUAAGUAUGAAGCAGUCAGUAUAAUAUCAAUCCGAGCAGCACACAUGGGUAGGCAUGAAUGCGUCUUCAACUUGUUGCGAUUUCUUGAGCAAUCACGUCACUAAG